AACCACUUCCAAUUCAUGAUUGACAACUGACAAGUAGCCUGCCUCAAAUCGAAUCGACAAAUCGCAAGGAUGGACUACGGUUACAACAAUCAGUAUAGCACUGGCUAUGGCGCACAGGGCGCUACUGAUGGUGGCGGUUUCGUCGCAGGAGAACCACAAAGCAGUCCAGCUGCUGGAAGAGGUGGCUAUGGAAAAGAUACAGUUCGACCCAUGACGAUAAAGCAAAUCCUAGACUCGCAACAACCUCAUCCUGACGCAGAUUUCCGAGCCGACGGCGAGCCAUUUGGGCAAGUUACCUUUGUCGGACAGAUCCAGUCUAUCAGCACGCAGGCGACGAAUGUGACGUACAGAGUGGACGACGGCACCGGUAUCAUCGAUACGAAACAAUGGAUUGACUCGGAUCAGAAUGCGGACAAGAUGGAGGUCGACCCAAGUAAGCCCAAAUUGGUUGAGAAUGGAUACUGCCGUGUCUGGGGAAGAUUGAAAUCGUUCAACAAUAAGCGACACGUCGGAGCUCACAUCAUUCGACCCAUCACCGACUACAACGAAAUCCAUUAUCACAUGCUCGAGGCUACGGCAGUGCAUCUGUUCUUUACUAGAGGGCCGCCAUCAAACGCACAAUCCAAUGGCCAGAAACACGCAGGUGCAAAUGGCACGAACGGAGGACAACAAGACUUUAGCGAUGCUGCGGGCGGUGCACUUCCUAAUGUAUCGCCUCUUGCACGGCGAGUAUAUGCGACCCUGAAGAAUACUCCGCAGAGCAACGAAGGUCUUCAUGUUCAAAUGAUAGCGUCUCAGAUGGGGCUUCAAGUCCAAGAUGUCUACAAAGCUUCUGAGGAGUUGUUAGGAGUUGGAGUGAUUUUCACCACAGUUGAUGACAAUACCUGGGCAGUUCUGGAUGCAUAGAGAGUGUAGCCGGGAACGCACACGGUCUCUCCCCAUUCCCUACUGGAGGUGUUCCGAUGCGGGCACGCUUCUCACAAUGAAGGAGGAUUGUACACUACGAUGAUACGAUACACCAACGGAAACAUGUAAUGUUUGAAGGCCAAAGGAGUAGACAUAAGCGAAGUCUUGCUAUCAAGGGAUGUUAAGUCUGACAAGGCUAUCAAAACCAGAGUAUGGUCUCUAUUGUCCGUAAGGUGACGGAGAGCGAUCCGAAUCUUCCCACAGCC